CGCAACCGAAAAUUAGAUUGUGAUCAGUUCCGUGAAUAAUAUGAGAGCGUUAUUCUCCGAGUUCAAGAUUAAGGACCCUUGGCAUACACCGCUAAACCAAGAGGUGACUUCUCGUCUCGUCCCCCGUCUCCUGGGACAUUGAUAGGCUAGUCCAUUCCACAGACUUUCGAGUCCUUGCAGCGGGUCGGGGAUCGAAGGAUUGGGCCAAUAGCGGCUGAAACGUCUUUGGAAGGAGGAAGGGGGUGAGGGGGCAUCCCUCUGAGUUCCGCCUCUCCUUUUUCGAGGCGGUCGUGGGGAAGGGGGACGUACGAAAUAUUGCCCUCGAAAGCCAAGGAUCACACCUCUCCGUGCAAACUGCCGGGAGGGCGGCGGGAAAAGGGCAAGACGGGAGUGGGGAAAGGAAAGGAUCCAGGAAGCCGCGCGGGAGGGCGCGCGCGCGCGCCCCUUUUUCAGCAGUGUGGCGGGGUCGCACGCACGCCCGCCUCGGCGGCUGGGCGCGGUUUGCGACAGUGGGGGGAGUGGUGGAGGUGGCGGCGGCAGUGGCAACUUUGCGGCAAGCUCCGGACGGGCUUGCUUGACGGCGGUGUGGCGGAGGCCCCGCCCUAGGCGGCAGGAACCUGGAGGGAGGCGGAGGAAUAUGUCCGAGAGGGAAGUGUCUACAGCGCCGGCGGGAACAGACAUGCCUGCGGCCAAGAAGCAGAAGCUGAGCAGCGACGAGAACAGCAACCCGGACCUCUCUGGAGACGAGAAUGAUGAUGCUGUCAGUAUAGAAAGUGGUACAAACACUGAACGCCCUGAUACACCUACAAAUACGCCAAACGCGCCUGGAAGGAAAAGUUGGGGGAAGGGAAAAUGGAAGUCAAAGAAAUGCAAAUAUUCUUUCAAAUGUGUAAAUAGUCUCAAGGAAGAUCAUAAUCAGCCAUUGUUUGGAGUUCAGUUUAACUGGCACAGUAAAGAAGGAGAUCCAUUAGUGUUUGCAACUGUAGGAAGCAACAGAGUUACCUUAUAUGAAUGUCACUCACAAGGAGAAAUCCGGUUGUUGCAAUCUUAUGUGGAUGCUGAUGCUGAUGAGAACUUUUACACUUGUGCAUGGACAUAUGAUAGCAAUACAAGCCAUCCUCUGCUAGCUGUAGCUGGAUCGAGAGGCAUAAUUAGGAUAAUUAAUCCCAUAACAAUGCAGUGCAUAAAGCACUAUGUUGGCCAUGGAAAUGCUAUCAAUGAGCUGAAAUUCCAUCCAAGAGAUCCAAAUCUUCUCCUGUCAGUAAGUAAAGAUCAUGCUUUACGAUUAUGGAAUAUCCAAACGGACACUCUGGUGGCAAUAUUUGGAGGUGUAGAAGGGCACAGAGAUGAAGUUCUAAGUGCUGAUUAUGAUCUUUUGGGUGAAAAAAUAAUGUCCUGUGGUAUGGAUCACUCUCUUAAACUUUGGAGGAUCAAUUCAAAGAGAAUGAUGAAUGCAAUUAAGGAAUCUUAUGAUUAUAAUCCAAAUAAAACUAACAGGCCAUUUAUUUCUCAGAAAAUUCAUUUUCCUGACUUUUCUACCAGAGACAUACAUAGAAAUUAUGUCGAUUGUGUGCGAUGGUUAGGUGAUUUGAUACUUUCCAAGAGUGGCCGUGCCAUUUUACAUUCCCACCAGCAAUGUAUGAAAGAUCCAGUGUCUUCGAAUCUUCGCCGGCAUUUGUCUUGUGAAAAUGCCAUUGUAUGCUGGAAACCUGGCAAAAUGGAAGAUGAUAUAGAUAAAAUUAAACCCAGUGAGUCUAAUGUGACUAUUCUUGGGCGAUUUGAUUACAGCCAGUGUGACAUUUGGUACAUGAGGUUUUCUAUGGAUUUCUGGCAAAAGAUGCUUGCAUUGGGCAAUCAGGUUGGCAAACUUUAUGUUUGGGAUUUAGAAGUAGAAGAUCCUCAUAAAGCCAAAUGCACAACACUGACUCAUCAUAAAUGUGGUGCUGCUAUUCGACAAACCAGUUUUAGCAGGGAUAGCAGCAUUCUUAUAGCUGUUUGUGAUGAUGCCAGUAUUUGGCGCUGGGACCGACUUCGAUAAAAUACUUUUUCUCAAUCAAAAUUAGAGUGUGUUUUCUGUGUACAGUAGAACUAACGUAUCUUGCUAGUAAGGGCACAUAGAGCAUUUAGAGUUGUCUUUCAGCAUUCAAUCAAGCUGAGCUGAAUGUAGUGAUGUUUACAUUGUUUACACUCUUUGUACUGUCUCCUGCUCAGACUCUACUGCUUUUAAUAAAAAUUUAUUUUUGUAAA